GUUGUCACAGCAGGUUUUCCAGUACGUGAGAAAUGCUGUUUCGGAAUAGAAAUCUCUCGCUUUCCAUUGCCUGACCCACAGAAAACAUCUCAACCUCCCACCUGGUUUUCUCUUCAUUUUCCUGCUCAUCUGGGUUUUGGCAUCUGGCAGAAGAAGCUGUGCGGAGCCCUUGGCAAAACCUUCCUGGAUUUCAGUGCCACGCGGGGAGCUCGUCUCUUUCAGAAACCAAAAGGUCUGCACAGAGCACUGCUCGGGUGACUCAGUUCGCUCACAGCCGGUGUGACCUUCUGGACUCGUGUGCUGCAAGUGCCAUCUCAGCAGCCUGCAGAAAGCACCCUGAAUGCCUCAGCCAAGCAUGUGAGUGAGAGCCGACAUCUCUGUUUCAGAACAUGCCUGAAGAAUGAAGAGGUCCAUGUGUGCACCUGGAGAGCCCCCCAUAGGCAAGGCUCUCUGCAUCUUGGUGGUUGCUGCAGGACUGUUCCUCCUUGCAGAAACACGUUCUCUGCAGGGAGAAAUACUGGACUUACUGGGAAGGAAUGAUAAGUACGUGUCUCUGGUCAACCACAGCAUCCCUCAGCUAUGUCAGUUCACGGUGUGCAUCGAUCUGAACCGAACGGCCAACAUUAGCUCUUGGGCAGCGUUUUCCUAUGACACCAACAACAGCUCCACUGAAAUAAAUGACUUAGAGCUUGGACUGUCUGGAGAAAACAAGCAGUUAAGAGUGUAUCUUUUUGGCACUAGCCGAAACAUUGACAUUGAUUUAGCCCUUUUCACAUGGUAUAGCGUGUGCUGCUUGUGGGACACCAGGAAGCAACUGCUGGAAGUCUACUGUAACGGUAAUCUGGUGUAUAGGGAAACCAUAAACAGCACUGAGUGCCUGAAGCCCAGCGGAAGCCUGGUGCUGGGUCAUCUGCAUAAAAAAAAGGAUGGCUUUAUCGUACGAGUGAGCAACAGCUUCAUUGGCAGCUUAUACUACUUCCAAGUGUGGGACCGUGUGCUGCGCCGGGAGGAGCUGCUCGGCUGCUCCAUGGGCAAUGUUGUCAGCUGGAGGGAAGAGUACUGGGACUUCAGCAGCAUCCCUCCUGUCGCUGGCCAUCGCCUCCGCUGUGCAGGUUCAAUUGAGGCAUCAUCGACAGCGGCGCCCACGUUGCCGCCCUUGUCUCCAAGCAGCACUACCAAUGUCCCCACUGCACUCAGCUUCUAUAGCAUUGACAUGAACUUUUCACUCUUCUACACAACUGAGAGAGCUCCUGAUUACUACGAUGCAAGGAAGCUAACAGAAAGCUGGUUCAGUGCCAUAUUUGUAGAAGAACUAGUUGUGACAGACUUUAAAAUCAGGGUUAACUCUCCACAAAGCAGUGUGUACAAGAGGACCCGUAAGGCAGCAAAGCAGAUGUCACAAAGCUAUGUUUGUAAGGCCAUUAUGAAGGUCACAUCACAUGAAACACAAGAAGUGCUGAGUCUCAAGAUAAAGCAGCUGCUGAAUGACACUUACCAAGUUGGACCGCUGUCAUUAGAUGUGGAACCCAAAGAUGUGGUUGUCAGGCCAAUAGUACUACUGGAUUGCCCGGAAAGUAUUUCACAGACCAAAUACAAGGGCAGCUAUUCCUGGCCUCAAACAAGUCCAGCUGCCACAGUGGAGGUCAGCUGCGGGAAAAACCCUCUGCAGUCUGCUUGGAGGAAGUGUGCAAUUAAUAUCGACCUUGAGCAAAGUUUCUGGGGCAAACCAAAUAUGACUGAAUGUAAAUUACUAGAAGAACUUCCAAGUAAUAUCCUGGAUCUUCAUAAUGUCAUCAUAACAGAGGAGAAUGCACAAGAUGUUGUACAGCAUAUUUUAUAUCUCUUGCCGGAUGCAACACUGGAUAUGGAAGAACUAGAAGUUAUUGGAAAUAAAAUUUCUGAUAUUGUGAAGUUUCUAGAUUUAAGUAUGACACUUGCAGAGGCUAUAUUGACUAUACUGGACUAUAUUUUGCUUCAAGAAAUGGAGGAUCAGAACAUUAGAAAAAUUACCAAUAGGAUCCUGAAGACAACAGAGGAGAUAGGCUAUAAGCUGGCUCACACAGAAAGAAACACGUCAGUCAUAACCACGUCCUUUGCCUUGCUGGUGAUGCGUCCGGAUCCCAGUGUAUUUGAAGGAGUGGCCUUCGGUGUCACCUCAUAUGACCAAGGAAGGGAUAUCAAGAUCAGUGUUCAAGAAAACCCAUUUGAAAAUGCCUUGGCCUCAGUGCGUUUGCCAAAAUCACUGAAGACAUUCUUAGGGGAUAACCAAGCUGACCCAGAGACGUAUUCAAAGAUCCAGUUUAAUUUUUUUGGCACGACUUCUCUCUUUGUGGAUGACAGCUUACAGAAGGAGAGGCUGAACACUUACGUUGUGAGUGCCAGCGUUGAAAAUUCACUGAUUCAGAACCUUAACGAACCUGUGAAUGUAACUCUUCAGCACAUCAACAAAAAUACGGGUAAUGCAGCAGUGCACUGUGUCUUUUGGGACUUUCUGAAGAACGAUGGACUGGGUGGUUGGAAUACAACAGGGUGUGAAACGGAAUAUACAGAUAUGAAUUACACAAUCUGUUUUUGUAACCAUCUUACCCAUUUUGGAGUCUUGCUGGACUUGUCCCGGGCAGAGAUAGAUGCCACAAAUGAUCGUGUAUUAACUCUGAUAAGCUACGCAGGAUGUGGUGCUUCUUCCCUUUUUUUGGCUAUAACACUGGUGACAUACCUAGCCCUUGAGAAGCUGCGGAGAGACAAUCCUGCAAAAAUCCUGCUGAACCUUUGCGCUGCAUUGCUGAUGUUGAAUGUGAUCUUCUUGGUCAACCCCUGGCUGUCCUCCUACAACCUGCCUGCUGUUUGCAUCGCUGUGGCUGCGCUCCUGCACUAUUUCCUGCUGGCAGCUUUCACCUGGAUGUGCAUGGAGUCUGUCCACCUCUACUUGGCUCUUGUCAAAGUUUUCAAUGUUUACAUCCCAAAGUACAUCCUAAAAUGCUGCAUUGCUGGGUGGGGAAUACCAGCGAUUGUGACCAUUAUUGUGCUCAUUAUAAAUAAAGACUUCUAUGGUAAUGGAUCGCAAAGUGAGAACAGUCCAUUCAGCAAUUUUUGCUGGAUUCAAGAUAAUGUAGUGUUUUACGUCUCUGUUGUGGCCUACAUCUUCUUGGUGUUUCUGACAAACACAGCCAUGUUCAUCACUGUUCUCCUCCAAAUCCACUCUGUGAAAUCAAGGACACAAAUGAGAUCCAGAUUCUGGAAACGUUUCUUUCUCCAGGACCUCAAAAGUGCUUUCAGCUUAAUGUUCCUCUUGGGCUUAACUUGGAGCUUUGCUUUUUUUGCCUGGGGAGCAGUGAGGAUAUUUUUCUUGUAUCUCUUCAGCAUCUUUAACACUUUGCAAGGGUUCUUUAUUUUUGUGUUUCACUGCCUAAUGAAGGAAGAUGUAAUGAAGCUGUGCAGGAUACACUUUUGCUGUGGGAGAUUUCAAAGGAAUAAUUAUUCUGGCUGGAAUGGGUCAGGUACGACUCCUACAUCUACACCAAGACCUUUAAGCCACAGAUUCCCUUCCCCGGCUUUGUGGAAUCCAAAUUCAAAUGGAACAAGCUCAACUUUCAGUUCAGAUACCCUCCCUGGGACUUCUCCAGAUAGAAAUUUUAGGAUUGCUGAAGUUCAUUACAACCCAAGUGCUAUAACUCCAGAAGAUGAUGAAGUCAGACGUCCUUAUUCACAAAGAAUAUCACCCAUGGAUGCAGAGCUGCGCUAUCCACAGAAAGCAAGAUUUUUUCAUUGAUGUUGAAUUUGUUUUCUUCUGAUUAUCUGAUGGUGGUUGUCUUUUGUGGCACAUAGAAAUAAACACUGAUUUAAAUAA